AUGUCCUACCCAGGCCAUAUUCUUUAUGAAAAGACCGGACAAGCGCCAGCUCCGAGUAAAGAUUUCCAUCAACUUCUUGUCGGUGAAACUGAAGUCACCUUGCGUGGCUGGAAGGUUUCUGUGCGUAAAGAUCAACGUUUGAUUCCUCCAAGCCAACGAAAAGUAUCCUGGGAUGAUUUCGACGAGGAUACACGAAUGCAGUCUGAAAUAUCUCGAAUAUUUGGCGAAGAAACGUUGAGUCAAGUGCACGCUUUGAUCUGUGGCGACUGGCUGAUUCGUCUGCCUGUGGACCUCAUCAUACGACUUUGUGGCUACAUUGAAUUGCAAGAUAUCGCCCGUAUGGCUCAGGUUUGCAGGAAAUUAAGGGAUGUAUGUUGCAGUGAUAAGUUGUGGGAAAAUAUUUACCGAGCACAUUGUGACACAGUUACUGACCAAAUGAUUUCGUUGGCUGCCGAAGUUGGAUGGAAGAAAUUAUUUUUUACAAACAAACUGCAAUUGCAAAAGGAGAUGAGACGGCGUGACCGGCAGAAAAACAAUCCGAGUAACUCUGAAAAUUUGUUUAUUACCGAAUAA